CUCCGCCCGCGGCAGGCGGGGCCCGCGCUGGCAGAAAGGCGGGGGCAGGCCGGGCCGUGCCGCGCUCCGUAGUGCGGCAGGCACGCUCGCCGCCGGGCCGGGGUGACGCGUCCCGCCGUUCCUCCUCCCUCCUCUCCCUUCGCGGCUCCGCAGCCGCCGCGCCUCGAGGAUGGCGGUGCUGGCGCUGGCCCUGGAGGGACUCGCCAUCUUCGGUCUGAUCCUCUUUGUCGUGCUCUGGCUCAUGCACUUCAUGUCCAUCAUCUACACGCGCCUCCACCUAAAUAAGAAAGCCACAGAUAAACAGCCAUAUAGCAAGCUUCCUGGUGUUUCACUUUUAAAGCCAUUGAAAGGUGUGGAUCCUAACCUGAUCAACAACUUAGAAACCUUCUUUGAACUGGAUUAUCCCAAAUAUGAAGUACUACUUUGUGUACAAGAUCAUGAUGAUCCAGCUAUUGAUGUCUGCAAAAAGCUCCUUGGAAAAUACCCGAAUGUUGAUGCUAGACUGUUUAUAGGUGGUAAGAAGGUUGGCAUCAACCCCAAGAUUAACAAUUUAAUGCCUGGCUAUGAAGUUGCCAAAUAUGAUCUGAUAUGGAUUUGUGAUAGUGGAAUCAGAGUUACACCAGACACUCUGACAGAUAUGGCCAACCAAAUGACUGAGAAAGUAGGAUUGGUCCAUGGUCUUCCCUAUGUUGCUGACAGACAAGGAUUUGCUGCCACCCUGGAACAGGUUUAUUUUGGAACUUCACAUCCAAGGUCAUAUAUUUCAGCCAAUUUAACUGGCUUUAAGUGUGUAACAGGAAUGUCAUGCUUGAUGAGGAAGGAUGUCUUGGACCAAGCAGGGGGAUUGAUAGCUUUUGCACAGUAUAUUGCUGAAGAUUAUUUUAUGGCCAAAGCUAUAGCUGACCGAGGGUGGAAAUUUGCAAUGGCCACACAAGUUGCAAUGCAAAACUCUGGCUCAUAUUCUAUUUCUCAAUUUCAAUCCAGAAUGAUCAGAUGGGCCAAACUGCGAAUUAAUAUGUUACCUGCCACAAUAAUAUGUGAGCCAAUUUCAGAGUGCUUUGUUGCCAGUCUGGUUAUUGGUUGGGCAGCUCAUCAUGUGUUCAGAUGGGAUAUAAUGGUGUUUUUUAUGUGUCACUGCUUGGCGUGGUUUAUAUUUGACUACAUUCAACUAAGAGGUGUUCAGGGUGGUGCUUUAUGUUUUUCUAAACUUGAUUAUGCAGUCGCUUGGUUCAUCAGAGAAUCCAUGACAAUUUAUAUUUUCCUCUCUGCUUUGUGGGACCCUACUAUUAGCUGGAGGACAGGACGCUACAGAUUGCGUUGCGGAGGCACUGCAGAAGAAAUCCUUGAUGUAUAGCCACAGCUUUGCAACUGUGACUGUCAAAAAGAGAAAGGGGGAUCGAAAGUAUUAUAAAUUGUUUAUAAAAAAUACUUCUAAGAAAACUAAGAAAAUCUACCUUCAGUAGUUUUAUUACUUGUAUGUUUUGGUACCUGUUCUUUAAUUUAUUUUUUGCAUGGCACUUGCAUAUCUGUGAAAAUAUCUGUAGUCUUGGCCAAAUGGUAUUUUGCUCCUAUGUACAAAUAGAAAUGGAGAGAGUUGGUUCUGAUACAUAUCUGCUAUAUGAAAACUCUGCAGUAAACUUUUUUUUUUAAGAAAAAAGUAUCCUUCUGGAUAUAAAUGGCUUCUUACUCCAUGGUAUGCUGGCCUAGCAAAGCCAGUGGUCAUAUAGUUAUUGUCCAGCUGGAUUGCACAAGGCUGUACCUAAUAAUAUCACAUAAAAAAAAAAGUACAUCUGAUUUCUAUUAUAUUCCACUAAAUUGAGCUAGUAACAGGACCUUGGGAAAGAAGCUCUUAAACGCUUUAUGCCUACCUCUUGUAGUUGCUGCAGAACAAAAUGAAUGGAAAGUAAAAAUGCUUAGCAAAAACAAACUAAAAUAAAGCUGGAGUCCUGUGUUUAUAUGUAUAUAUGAAAUACUUUAGUUGUUGCAAUGAACCAAAAGUGGACUGCGUUUGAUAGGGUGAGGCAUUACUGGUCAGUCACAUAUUGUGAGCGUCUUUGGCCAACUCUCAUCUGGUUCGGUCUUGAACCUUGUUAAGCACUGUGCUGUAACUAGCCUAGCUGGCCCCCUUCAUUGUUUCCAUCCUUUUUAAGGGGUGUUUGGCUUUUUUUUUGUGUGAGUGCUUUGACUGGGGGUGGUGGGGUGGGGGGUGUUUGCGUGGGACUCAGUAAAGGAGAGAAGGGAGUGGAAAUACAUUUCAGAAACAUUUCACACAAGCUGUUUUCUUAAAACAAUGUAUUAAGAAUGUAACUUCAUGAUGCAGGUAUUUAAAAUCUUUUUAAAGUGAACAUAUGUAUCCACAGUAGUCAAAAUUGAGUAUUAAAUUGCAGUAAAUAUUGUGAAUAUAUUAAAGGUUUGGGUGAAUUUGCUGUAACUAAAAUUAUAAUCUUAAUUUAAACAUCAAACUAAGUCUACUCUUGGCUUUUUGCCUUCUACUAUUAGUCUAGCCUUUAAAUUGGACUUUGUAUUCCAGUGGUAUGACUAAAAGGACUAGAUUAUAAUGCAUGCCGUGUUUUCUGACCCUGUCCCUGUAGCUUGGUUUCCAACCUUAUUGUGAGACUUUCCAAUUUGUGGUGAACUGGACUUGUUUUCGUUAAACAUCUUUAAUUAAAAAAAAAAAGCAAGCAAAAAAAAAACCAACAAAAAAACAGCAAAGCUAGAGAGGGAUGUUGCAUAAGCCUUUUGUUUUCAUAAUUGUAUUUAUGCUGCUUUACUUCAGGUGAAAUGGAAUAUUGUCACCAUGAAUGUGAGCUGCUGAUUACAAGGCUCAUGCCAACAAAGCAGCUCUAGAAGUUGAAUUACGUGUAGCAUAUUAGCAAUAAUGAUAAUGUAUUUAUAAAAAUGGACACUUACUUUACUGAGCCAAUCCCUUAGCUGUCAUAUGCUACACACCAGCAUUGCGUGUGUACAUAUUAAACAUACUCUGGGCCAAAAUGCUUCAUCCAUCCUAAUGUUUCUUUUGCCUUAUUAUAACAUGGAACUUUUUAAUGGGCAUUUCUGUAUGAACAAAGGCUUUUGAUUCCGUGCUUCAUUCUUUUCAUGUGAAUCAGGAAUAAGUUUUUCCUGAGGAGAGUUGCACACUGAAAGCUAGUCUAGUUGUGACCCACGAAAACAUAGUUUUUAAGAGUUUUUACAUAAUAGAAUUUUGCUGACAAUGUUUAUAUCUUUGUUUCAUGAAGUUUAAUGCCAUUCAUUGCACUGCUGAAGUGAAGCAUAGCUUGCAACUUAGCUUUAUGCUGAUUUCUAUGCAGGCAGUGGAACAGAAAACCAAAAAAAGGCUGAAAAGACUUCAUUUACAAGAUGUUAAGUGGGGAUAAUUGUUUAACCGGGUGCUUUUGUAUUAGCAGAACCAUCUUUGGUCAAGAAAACUGAAGCUUCACUUAAGCAAAUAGUUUUCUUUUGGGGUAUUGUCUGGUUGAUUGAAAUUGAAACCAACACUGUUGAAUGUUGAAGAUGCUACAACAAAACUUUCAAAAUUAAAAAUGGCUAAUGUAAAGUUGUGUUGUUCUACAGGUAUGUAGAAUAUACCAUGUUUAUUUAAAGUCAUUGUUUUUCUUUUAUUUAAAAAUAAAUUUUGAAUAUAAUGUUUGGAA